GUUGUGCACGCGUAGUGCACGUCCCACGGUGCCACGGGCCGCGACAACGGGCCGCCGGAACAAUGGAGCGCGAGCACAGGCCGCUUGCUCUAAGAACAGCUUCUGGCCCAGUGGAUCUCCGACCACCGCGGCAGGAAAGGCGCAUCACGACAAAUGAGGGAGCCUCUGCAAGAACAAUAAAGAAGGGCUGGUUGAAAGACACCCAAGGCGAUGCUUCGUACCAAAAAGCUGUCAAGCAGGCCAUGAUGAUCGCGGCGGAGGAGCUUCGGUUGAUGGACGCCAAAGAGGUGUCCGCGUCCGCCUACUCCAAACCCGAGAUAGAAGAGAUCCAGGAACGGAUCUCAAGGCUGCAGGCCGGCAAUGCCAGAUUCCCAAUAUCAGGCACGAAGAAAAAGAAACUACAAAAUGUAACGCAACACCGAGGAGACAGGAAAAGAGAGACUUUGAUGAAGAUUUCCAGAAAGCGCCCCUGCUGUUCGAGGGUGGAACGGAGCUUCAUCUUGGACAAUGGGCAGCUGCUGGUUUAUAGAGACCACCACCCCAAUGCCAAGGUCAAGGCAAUGUACGAGCUAAAGGAUGCCACCUGUUUCUACGAAGAUAGAAACUCCGCAUCUUUGCCCAAAUGGAUGGAAGGAUACAGCAAGCGGCUCCGCGUCAUUUGCGGCGAGAGAGAGAAACAGAGAAAGUCGCCGUUGUUCUUGUAUUCGAAAGAUGAUGCCAAGAUCCACCGAUGGAAGCGUGCCUUUACAUUGGCAAAGGUUCUUGUCUCUGAGAACGACCGCAGGGCGCUGAAAGUGUCCAUUGGACGCGCUGUUUCGGGCGCCUUGCAGAAAGCUUGGGACGCUUUGUCCACCUAUUAUGGUGAAUAUUCCAAGACAAAAGCUUUGGUGAAGAAUAUGGCCAUGCGGUUGAUGAAGGUUGAUAUCAGCCGGGGAUGGAUGAAGUUUAAACUGGUCUACAAGAAACGUGAGGAGGUGACGAAGCGGCAGAAGGAGCAGCAGCUCUGGGCGGCACGUUUCAUGUCGGAGAAGUUGACCAAACUCGGGAAGCAGAAGGCCAAAGAGAUCAUGGAUGUCAGGGAAGGCGUGAUCACUCGCAUCCAGCAGAGGUUUCGUUCCUACCGUGAAGACAUGAUCUUCGACCGAACCUACCCUCUCAGCUCCAGCAUGAUGUCCAGGGUGCAGCAAGCCAAGGUGGGCCGGCACCUGGACUUCACCAUGCAGACGGUGUCUGCAGACGAUGUAUGCCACGUGUCGCUCUACCGUGAAGUUGCGGAUGGGCCCAAGUCUCGCAAGGCUUGGGAAACAUGGAAAAAAGACAAAGAAGUGUUGAGAUCAAUGACUCCUGCCUACUCUGCCCUCCAUGAUGGCCAGCUUCCAGUUCAACCGGCGCUGGUCUAUGCCUCGGACAACCUCAGCGCGCUCUUCUUCUCUGAGCGCUCGGCCGUUGAUGCGCCUAGCGCCUUCGACAAAACCGACUGGUCGAAGUUCAUCAACAUGGACCGCAUCUCUUCAGUCAUCCUGCACUCGGAUCCCGCAGGUGCCACGAUGCAGUCCACCACAGACUCUGGCGUGUGGUGCACUGUCAAUGGCCCGCGUGUGGCCUGGGACAGGCAGGUGGUCAACAACCUGGACAAGGAUCCAUAUCUCGCUGAGGACCCCAAGCUGCGUGGCCAUGCAGACCACAUCAAAGUGGCUUCUGACAUCGCCACAGGGCAAGCCAAAAGGUGGGUGCAGCUCACCGGAAUGGUGGACCAAGUGAUGCUGCAGAAACCCAAGCACCUUCAGGACACAGACUUCAAGACGAAAGCUGUUUUCCAUCUACUUGGCUAUAGUUUUGUGUCUGAAGUCAGGGAAGGAAGCAACCCGACAUACAAUUUGAAAGCCGAGGCGGCUGUGCCUGUGGCCUCCGAGGAUUUCGUUUCCUUGGAUCAGAGCGAGGUGGGUUUGGAGAUUUUCCAGAUGCUUGAGGAGUGGGAGACAGACACAAAGCAGAAGGAACAACUGCUCUACGUGGGCUCCGAGUUUUUGACAAAAAUGUUUGACAUCAAAGUCAAGGAGGAUGGGACCACAGAUGAGCUAUGUCAUCGACUCAAGGACUGCGGUUCAGUGAAACUCUACAAGGGUGGACCAUACAAACUGCAGCUUUGGAAACCAGGUGCUCUGGUCACAAAGCUUGAUGAGAUUCGCCCACAAGAAAAGACCCCGGAGCAGAUCGAAGAAGAGGUGACUGCAGAAGUUGACGUCAUCUGGAACAAGGACCCGGCCAGACGGCUCACUGAGAACCCCUGCAUCUCUCCAGAAUUAGUUGGAGGUGGAAACACAACGCUCUACACGUCCAAUCGUGCAGCUUGGUUUGAUCCUGAACUUGGUGCUGGAAAGUUUCGUCCGGAUCAUGUGGCCAACUAUGUGGAACUCAGUCUAUCAUCCUUGACCUUCCAACCCUCUGAGAAACCACCUGUGUGGGUGCUCAGUUCAUCUCAGCUCAUCUCAGUUCAUCUCACCAAACCACGAGCUGAUAAUAGCUGA